UAGGUUGGUACCAAUACAUGCAAAAUUCUCCGUCAUUCCGAAGAAGAGGUAGCGAAACAGCACGAUUCAUCUCCCCAAACAUUACUAAAGCCAAAUCGUGUCUUCAAUUCUACUAUCGUAUGUUCGGCCAGCCUGCUGGAAGUGUACAGGUGUACGUGUUGUCUGAAGGUAGCAUGGGAUUCCCCGUGAAGAGUUUCUAUGGCCCCCGCUGCAGGGACUGGCGUCUAGCACAGGUCGCCGUUAACGACCAAACGACUCCAUAUCAGUACGUUAUCGAGGGUGUACGUGGUGUCAAUGACGUGGGGAAUAUUGCCAUUGAUGAUAUUUCUGUGAGGGAUUCAUGCAGUGAACAAUUAGAACCAGAACAUCAACCAAACCAUCGGCAGCCUAACACUUCGCAACUAGAUGCAACGACACCUCCGUCCGUUGAAAAACAUCAACCAAACCAUCGGCAGCCUAACACUUCGCAACUAAAUGCAACGACACCUCCGUCCGUUGAAGUCUGCAAUAAAGCGAAUAUUUCGAGCGAAGUCUCGAGCAAACUCCCCAUUUUCAUAGCGGUGAAUUUAUGUGCACUACUUUUGAUCGUUGUAAUCAAUAUCGUUGUGCUGGUAAAAUGCAGACGACGAUACCAAAAACUGCAGUUUUUAACUCUGGGUGAGGACAACAUUUCACUACCUGCGGUCGAAAGCUUACGAGGACCGUGAGGAGUUAUUGAGGUACCCAAAGACACGGAAAUCACCACACACCAACCUUUGGAGGACUGUCCAGAAACGUAAACUUUUAAUUCAUAUUUAAUUUACAAUUUGACAUUACUGAUCUAGUUCCUGCUUGAUAAUUGAUAUGAACGUCGUUUACCUUAUUAA